AUGCAACAUAAGGAUCAACCUGGAGGAGAGUAAAACUCGCUGCAGCCGAACAGAAACACCGAAAAGUAGCUAAUAAACAUCAUUAUGGGACGUUUUUGGCGAACAUACAGAGUCCGAAACCGUGUUUAUUGAUCGUGUCGAUGUCGAUUAACAACUUUUAGCGGGAAAAUAGUCGACGCGCUGUUGUUGGCGCUCCAGUUGAAACAGUUCUGCUUUCGGUCGGAUGGAAGUGAGUGAGACAGGUCAGUUUUAGAGACAGACAGGUCGGUUUAACAGCUCUCUGUGGACGGUUAGUGUCUCCGGGGCUCAAUGUCCGCAGUAAACUGCACUGAGGAGCUGGACUUCAGACUUAUCUUUGAGGGAGACGGGAGACAGACGGCAGGUCCAGAUGUCAAUGCGAGGUCACCUCCCACUUCCACACAGGCUCUGGCUAAGCAUGCAAUCAACCAGGAACAGCAGAGUUACCCUCAAUAUCUCCCCACCACUAACAACUACCAGUGUGUGGGAUUCCAGUCCCAGGGAGCCCAGUAUGGCACCCAGGGGAACCUCAGGGCGUUUGAUUGCCCCAGCAUCCAGAUCACCUCCAUUGCUCCUAACAACCAUGUUGAGCAGGGUAGUAGUCAAGAUGUUCUAGCAGUGGGUGGGGCAGAGGGGGGUUAUUCUGAGCAAUCCUGGUCCAGAGACCAGCUUUACCUGCCUGUGGACCCCUGCUACAGGGACCAGGCGCUCUGUCCAAGCCCGUGCAGCAGCCUGUCCUCCAGAAGCUGGAUGUCUGACCUGUCUUCCUGUGAGUCUUUCUCUCAUGUGUAUGAUGAUGUGGAGGGGGAGCUGCGAGAUGCUGCCCACCUUGCCUUGGGGUCCCCUCAGGGGUCUCCUCUGGGAUCACCAGGCUGCGGUGGUGGCGCCUUUGGUGUGGAGCUUUGGCAGCAGAAGUACCAGUAUCCUCUGGCCUUUAGCCCAGCAUUGUCACCUCAUCAGUCACCACGCCAGUCGCCCUGUCACUCCCCUCGCACCAGUAUCACAGAGGAGAGCUGGUUAAACCGACGGCCCACCUCCAGGCCUUCAUCCCGACCAACCUCCCCCUGUGGGAAGAGACGCUCCCCCAGCCCCACACCAGGGGCCUCCCCAAGGGGCAGUGUAACUGAUGACACAUGGGUGGGAAGCCCUGCAGGUGCUCUGGGGACCCUCUUGAUGUCUGGCUAUCAGGAGCUGGACGUCCCCUCUAAGACCAGGAGGACAUCUGGAAGCCAGCUGGGCCUCCUGGCUGGACAGGGAGACCCAGGGCUUGAGGAGCUGAGGACGGUGAUACCCUUCCAGGAUUCCCCAGGAGAGGAGUCACGCGAACAAGACGGCUUGGCCGAACUCUUCCUUCAGGUCCCAUCACACUUCAGCUGGAACAAACCCAAACCUGGAAACCCUCCACUGUUCAGGACCUCGUCACCCCCUCCUCUGGAUUGGCCUCUGCCCAGUCAGUUUGACCAGUUUGAGUUAAAGCUGGAGGUCCAGCCCAGAUCCUACCACAGGGCCCAUUAUGAGACCGAGGGCAGUCGAGGGUCCAUUAAGGCAGCUACGGGAGGACAUCCAGUUGUCAAGCUGAGCGGUUACAAUGAGCAGCCUGUCAGCCUGCUGCUUUUCAUUGGGACUGCAGACGACAGAUACAUUCGCCCUCAUUCCUUCUACCAAGUCCACCGGGUAACAGGAAAAACUGUUACCACCACCUGCCAGGAGAAAAUCAUGGGCAUCACCAAAAUCCUGGAGAUCCCACUGCUUCCAGAAAACAACAUGUCUGCUAGCAUUGACUGUGCUGGCAUUCUAAAGCUGCGUAAUGCCGACAUUGAACUGAAAAAAGGGGAGACGGACAUCGGGCGCAAGAACACAAGAGUACGGGUUGUGUUCAGGGUUGCUGUCGCUCAGCCAGACGGGCAAAUGCUGUGGCUGCAAACGGCUUCUGUUCCUGUCGAGUGUUCCCAGCGCUCAGGCCAGGAGCUUCCUCAGGUGGAGAGCUUUACUCCACUGAGCUGCUCUGUAGAUGGAGGAGAGGAGGUGGUGAUCACUGGGUCCAACAUCUCCACCCAGUCCAAAGUUGUCUUCAUGGAGAAAGGACCAGAUGGAAGAACGCUGUGGGAAAUGGAGGCCAGAGUCGUUCCUGAAAAAAGUAGUGGAUCCAGCAUUGUGGUGGAGGUUCCUCCGUACAAUAAAAAGACAGUAUGUCCAGUCCAAGUCCAGUUCUACGUCUCUAAUGGGAAGAGAAGAAGAAGCCUAACGCAGAGCUUCACCUUUAUGCCAGGAGCCAGACGUCACCUCGCUGCUGCAUCACAGCUGGUUAAACAGGAGCUCUGGGAAGUGGACCAAAUCUCCCAUAAUCCACCUGGCUUCUCCCCCGAGCCCUCACACCAUGUGGCCUAUUAUGAUUCCUGCGAGCUCCCAGUGCAUUGUGGUCCUCCUUCCCAAAAUGCUCCUCGUCUCCAUCAUCCUCCUGCCCCCCCUGCUCCUCUUCAGACCUCCGUAUUGUUUCCUCAUACCACCUCCGCUUCCCAUCAGACCUCUGUAAUCCCUCUGCAGACCUCCACCGUGCCUACUCAGCUCUUCUCAGUCCCCCCGCAGACCUCCUCCAGUGGACCUCAGGGGGAGCAUUCUCCAUCUCUGAGCUCGAGGAGAGCUUUUGUGACCCCUGCUGACCCCCAGAAGGACUCACCGCUGUCUAGUGCUGGGGAGAUGCUGAACAUUAAGCAGGAGCCUGAGGACCAACCGAAUCUGGGAUCCUUAGGCCUCCAGGAGAUCACACUGGAUGAUGUGAGUGAGAUCAUCGGCAGGGACAUCAGUGGCCUGAGCAGCAACGUCCAGCUUGACCAGUACGACCAGUACGACCAGUAUGACUGGGAGCACAAAUCCAAGGAUGCUGCCUUGCCAUUCUGUGGAGGCCACAAGUAGACGCUCAGCCAUCUUUAGAAGAUAACUGCAGAGCUUUGAGAAAUUAAUCAACAGUUUGCACAAAGUGCAUCAAACUAAUCUUCAAGUGCCUGAAAUCCAAACAACAGCCUCCGGUCUCUGAUCAGGUUUUCUCGUUCGUCUCAGGAAUUUUAGUACCUCACCGACAAACCAAAGGGUUUUUUUUUUGUCAUGGCUGAUUUGGUAGGACUGUUUAAACAAAAAGGGCUGAAAUUAUCUGUCUCACAAGAACCCUAAUGGUCUGUAGUGUCCUUACAGAGGCUAAAGUUGUACAAAAAUGAAAAUAUUCUGAAUCUAUUUAUUGGCCAGUUAAUUAAAAAAUCUAUUUUUGAUACUCUGGAUGUUUUCCAGUAAAAUCUGAAGUCCUUGAGCUGAUCAUUUACAUUUUUAUAGCUUGUUUUUUUCUCUGUACAGUUUACAUUAUUACUCUUGCUGAAUUUCAUUACUGAUGUUCAACCUGAACUGUUUUGGUGUGACACUGAAUUGUAGAAAUAUAUUGCAAGGUUGAAGUAAAAUAUGAAAAAAGA